UGGGCCGGGGGAACCUCCUCAAUGAGCCACAUUGUCGCGGGCGAGUACCGCGGCGCGCGCUGCUCCGGGGCCGCCUCUGCUCCGCUCCGCACCGCUCCGCUCCGCACCCCGCCGCGCAAGAUGAUCGCCUCCCACCUGCUCGCUUACUUCUUCACCGAGCUCAACCAUGACCAGGCGCAGAAGAUCGACAAGUACCUCUACCACAUGCGGCUCUCCGAAGAGACCCUCCAGGAGGUAUCCCAGCGUUUUGGGAAAGAGAUGGAGAAAGGGCUGGGAGCGGACACCAACCCCACCGCCUCGGUGAAGAUGCUGCCCACCUUCGUGAGAUCCACCCCGGAUGGGACAGAGGAUGGGGACUUCUUGGCCCUGGACCUCGGUGGCACCAAUUUCCGCGUGCUGAGAGUGAAGGUGUCCGACAACGGCCUGCAGAAGGUUGAAAUGGAGAAUCAGAUCUACGCCAUCCCUGAGGAACUCAUGCGAGGCAGCGGGGUGCAGCUCUUUGACCACAUUGCUGAAUGCUUGGCCAACUUCAUGGAGAAGCUGAAAAUCAAAGACAAGAAACUCCCCCUUGGGUUCACCUUCUCCUUCCCGUGUCACCAGACCAAGCUGGAUGAGAGCAUCCUCGUUACGUGGACGAAGGGAUUCAAAUGCAGCAGCGUGGAGGGGAAAGACGUGGUGUCGAUGCUGCGCAAGUCCAUCAAGAAGAGAGGGGACUUUGACAUUGACAUCGUGGCUGUGGUAAACGACACCGUUGGGACCAUGAUGACCUGUGGCUACGAUGAUCAUAACUGUGAAGUUGGCCUCAUUGUUGGUACCGGUACCAAUGCCUGUUACAUGGAGGAGAUGAGGCACAUUGACCUGGUAGAAGGGGACGAAGGUCGGAUGUGCAUCAACAUGGAGUGGGGGGCCUUCGGUGACGACGGCGUGCUCAACGACAUCCGGACAGAGUUCGACCGCGAGAUAGACAUGGGCUCGCUCAACCCUGGCAAACAAUUGUUUGAGAAGAUGAUCAGUGGGAUGUACAUGGGAGAGCUGGUCAGACUCAUCCUGGUGAAGAUGGCCAAGGAAGGGCUCUUGUUUGGAGGAAGGCUCACACCAGAUCUGCUCACUACUGGCCACUUUGAGACCAGAUAUGUCUCUGCUAUUGAGAAGGAGAAAGAAGGACUGCAGAAAGCCCACGAGAUCCUCACCAAGCUGGGCCUGGAGCCAUCUCAUGAAGAUUGUGUGGCCACCCACCGCAUCUGCCAGAUCGUCUCCACCCGGUCGGCCAACCUGUGCGGGGCCACCCUGGCAGCUGUGCUGCGACGCAUCAAGGAGAACAAGGGGGUGGACCGGCUGCGGUCCACGGUUGGCGUGGAUGGCUCUGUCUACAAGAAGCAUCCUCACUUUGCCCGGCGCCUCCAUAAGACAGUGCGGAAGCUGCUACCGGACUGCGAGAUCCGUUUCGUGCGGUCAGAAGAUGGAAGUGGCAAAGGGGCAGCCAUGGUGACAGCGGUGGCCUACAGACUGGCCGCCCAGCACAAAGCACGGCAGAAGAUUUUGGAGGCGCUCAAGCUGAGCCACGAGCAGCUCCUGGAGGUGAAGCAAAGAAUGAGGAUAGAGAUGGAGAAGGGGCUGGGCAAGGAGACGCACGCAGAGGCAGCGGUGAAAAUGCUUCCCACCUACGUGUGCUCAACUCCAGAUGGGACAGAAAAAGGAGAUUUCCUCGCCCUGGACCUGGGAGGUACCAAUUUCCGUGUGCUGCUGGUGCGCGUCAGGAACGGGAUGAGGCGUGGUGUCGAGAUGCACAACAAGAUCUACUCCAUCCCAGUGGAGAUCAUGCAGGGGACGGGAGAGGAGCUCUUCGACCACAUUGUCCACUGCAUCUCCGACUUCCUGGAAUACAUGGGAAUGAAGGGCGUAUCGCUCCCGCUUGGAUUCACAUUCUCCUUCCCUUGCCAGCAGAACAACCUGGAUGAGGGGAUUCUCCUGAAGUGGACAAAAGGUUUCAAGGCAACUGGCUGUGAAGGAGAAGAUGUGGUGAACCUGCUGAAGGAGGCAAUUCACAGGAGAGAGGAAUUCGACCUGGACGUGGUCGCGGUGGUAAAUGACACAGUUGGCACCAUGAUGACCUGUGGGUACGAAGACCCGUAUUGCGAAGUUGGGCUGAUAGUCGGCACAGGCAGCAAUGCCUGUUACAUGGAGGAGAUGAGGAACGUGGAGCUGGUGGAAGGGGAGGAGGGCAGGAUGUGUGUCAACAUGGAAUGGGGGGCGUUUGGUGACAAUGGGUGCUUGGACGACAUACGGACGGAGUUUGACGUGGCGGUGGAUGAGCUGUCUCUCAACCCUGGGAAGCAAAGGUUUGAGAAGAUGAUCAGCGGGAUGUACCUGGGGGAGAUCGUCCGAAACAUCCUGAUGGAUUUCACCAAGCGAGGGCUGCUCUUCCGGGGACGCAUCUCAGAGAGGCUGAAGACCAGAGGGAUCUUUGAGACCAAGUUCCUGUCCCAGAUAGAAAGCGACUGCCUGGCCCUGCUCCAAGUCCGCUCCAUCCUCCAGCACCUCGGCCUGGAGACCACGUGCGACGACAGCAUCAUCGUGAAGGAGGUGUGCACGGUGGUGGCCCGGCGGGCAGCUCAGCUCUGUGGGGCUGGCAUGGCAGCCGUGGUGGACAAGAUCCGGGAGAACCGUGGGCUGGACUUCCUCAAGGUCACGGUCGGUGUGGAUGGGACCCUCUACAAGCUGCACCCUCACUUCUCCACCGUCAUGCACGAAACAGUGAAGCAGUUGUCUCCAAAGUGCGAAGUGACCUUCCUCCAGUCGGAAGACGGCAGCGGCAAGGGCGCAGCGCUCAUCACGGCGGUGGCCUGCCGGAUCCGGGAGGCUGGCCAGCGAUAGAAGGAAGGAGGUUUGCCGAAGAGCUUGGUUUCAGCAAAACAGGACGUUUCCCUGCCCGGUCCCUCCCUCCCUUCCUCCGUACACACGUACACACACACACACACACACACACACACACGUGGCCUCCCCUCGCAAGCAGACUCUUAGCUUUACUUGUUCUCUUGAGAUACCACCAGUGGGACUGGAGAUGCUGUGUGCUUUGUAUCAAGUGUUGUCUUAGGAGUUUUAUUGCAUGCCAUAAAACUGCGUAUCAAGUAAA